GCAAAGGAUCUGAGAAGAGUUUUGGAGAGAUCUCUCCUCCGGGACUUGCGCACAUACGAUGAGGACAUUCUGAGGUGGCAGAACUCAUCACGCGCGCGCUUUCCUUUUUGGCUGUGACCAACAACAACAACAAAAACAACAACCAAAAAAGAGCCCAUGAGCAAGGUAUCCUCUUGAGUUGUGAUUCUGUUUUCACCCAGAUCCCUGCAGCCUGGACAAAUGCAUACAAAUGCAUUUAGGAGCUCAACGGACAAGGAGUGGACACGUUUCCGCGGCAGCAACGUGUAACUUUAUCCUGCUCCUGUCAGUAUGCUCAGCAGUACUCUCUGGAGAAGAAGACUACCUAGCUCAAGGAGUGGAUAUCCUCUAUCGACUGGGCCUCUCAGCUCGAAGCAGCACAGACAAGAGGACUGGCCCACCUCCGACUCCUCACACCACCGCUCCCUCUCCUUCCCAUCUUCCUGUUUCUGGAUAUGGGGUGUUAUUCGACUCAAACUCCCUCUACGAGGCUCCGGCGGCCAGUCUGUUCCCGCCUGAGAUCGGCGAGGAGUUCUCCGUCGUGGUCAGCCUCAGCUCCUGGCGAGCGAACAACGCUUUUCUUUUCAGCGUCAAAGACGGCAGGGACCGGCUGCGGUUCGGCAUCCAGCUGCUGCCGCGCCGAGUGGUGGUUUACACCGCGGAGAAAACCUCCGUCUACUUCACCUACAACUGGCAGGACGGGCGCCAGCACCCUUUCGCCGUCGGCGUUCGCGCUCGCUCCGUGUCCUUCUUCGCCGAUUGCGGAGCGGUGCAUCAGCGGGAGGAGACCCUGGGGAGAUCUCGCCCGCUGGGAGAGUCCGGGGGUCUCUUCACUCUCGGCCGGAUGAACUCUAAAGCGGCGGCGUUUAACGGACGAGUCUGCCAACUAGACAUCUACCCCUCUGCCGAAGCCGCCGCGCACUACUGCAACUACCUUAAAACACAGUGCCGGCUGGCCGACACGCACCGAUUGCCUUCGCCACAUCCGAGCUUCGAAAUUUUGGCAAAUGACCCCCCUCCUUCGAAUCCUUUGACGAAGUCCCUUGUUGGAGUAGCAGCCACCCAUCGUUCGCCCUUAAAAGCUACAGCAGCUUUCACGUUGUCCCCGGGUAAUUCCGUCAAGCGGUAUCCAACACUGAGCCCAUCGGUGCAACCUCAUCCGAGGGAUCGGAGCCACGUUUCCAAAUCGGAUCCCUUUGCUCGCACCACCUCGUCGUCCCUUCGGCGUGACAACCCUACCGUGGCCACCCCGAGCGCACGAGCAGGUCAUCUCGCCCGGGGCACGACUAUCGCCACGAACAGAGAUGUGGCCAUCGAUCUCUCUGAAAACGGCUCGAAGGAAGAGAUCAGCUCUGGGAGUCCGCGGUCUCCCGAUGCCACUACCCCAGGCCUGAUUCGGGUGAAGGAGGGACUCAGGAACACCUCCGGGGACUCUCACUCUCGGGUCCAGCAGACUCACCGGCUCCGGGAGUUCCACCCGAGGGCCAACGGCACCACUUUGUAUCGAGAGAAUCGGGUGGACGCGUCAGAUCUGGACGGCGGAGACGAGGAAGUAGACGUCGGAGGGUACGACUACGGGUACGAGGAUACAGACGAUUACUACGAGUACGACGAUGGUUUCCGUAGCCCCAAAGGAGAGCCAGGUUCUCCGGGUCCUCCUGGUCCCGCUGGUUUACCUGGUCCUCCAGGAACAAGAGGUCCUCGGGGUCCCACCGGUCCACAUGGAAGCCCAGGACAGCAUGGACCACCUGGGCCCAAGGACUCGAAGGGAGACCCGGGGCUGUCUCCAGGCCAGGCUCCACCCGGAGAGAAGGGGGACCGAGGGGCACCCGGUCUGACGGGGCCAGGUGGAUUUCAGGGUCCAACGGGUCUUAAAGGUUAUCCAGGGUCAGCCGGACUGCCAGGAGAACAAGGCAUUCCAGGACUUCCAGGGAAAGCCGGAGCUGCAGGUUACCCUGGCAGGCAGGGUUUAGCUGGUCCACAGGGUAGCCCGGGGCCUAAAGGUGUCCGCGGUUUCAUUGGGCCUCCAGGCGUUGCUGGGCCACAGGGGCCAGAGGGGGAGAGAGGAUUUCGUGGUCCUGUUGGAAAACCUGGCCUCAAAGGAAGACACGGUGUGGUGGGAGAUGUGGGGGAGAGGGGUCUUCCUGGUCCCGAUGGCAAUGAGGGGCCUGCCGGUGGGAUUGGCAUUUGUGGAUUUCCUGGUCUGAGGGGGGAACCAGGGCCUGAGGGACUGCAAGGACUGCCUGGACUGGUGGGGCCUCAGGGUCCAGCAGGACCAGCCGGCCUGCCCGGAUUGAAAGGUGAUAAGGAUGAAGUGGGACAAAUGGGCGAACCGGGAGAGACGGGGGACCCAGGCGAUAAGGGUGUUGCUGGUGGACCUGGUCUUUCUGGGCCGAGAGGGAAUCCCGGACCACCGGGUAGAAUUGGCGCGGUGGGGCCACACGGACCACACGGGCCUCCAGGACCAGAGGGAUUUCCUGGAGACAUUGGAAUACCGGGUCCCAACGGUCCACCUGGGCCAAAGGGUCUCCAUGUCGCCAGAGGGCCCCAAGGCCCGUCAGGACCACAGGGAACACAGGGGGAUGAAGGACCACUCGGCCCACCUGGCACCACCGGCCCGUCUGGGAGACCGGGAAGGAAAGGCUACAUCGGCAAACCCGGCCCGGACGGCUUCGAGGGAGAGAAAGGAGACGUGGGAAAUGUCGGGAAGAUUGGAUCACAAGGUCCACUGGGCGUCAUUGGGAUCGCUGGGCUAAUGGGAGUUUCUGGUGAAAAGGGCGACCGAGGGCCAGCGGGUCCAACGGGUCCGGUCGGGGAGAAGGGGCCACGGGGCUAUCCAGGGUUACCAGGAGGUCCGGGGGACAUCGGCCUGCAAGGUGCAACCGGUCCACAGGGGCAGAGGGGUACUCCAGGCAUCGCUGGGCCAAAGGGCCGGAGGGGGCCCCUGGGUCCAGAUGGCCCACUGGGAGAACCGGGCCCUGAAGGCACCAAGGGUGAAAGGGGCGACGUUGGACCAAAAGGAGAGGCAGGAUUCAUAGGCAAAGCUGGCAGUCGAGGAGCGAGAGGCCAAGCGGGGAAGAAUGGUAACGCAGGUAUUCCCGGCAGCACCGGGGAGAUGGGACCCCACGGUGAACCCGGACCAAGAGGACCUUCUGGAGAAGCUGGACCUGAUGGAGAGCAUGGACCCGAAGGUGGGCCUGGUGCUGAGGGGGAACUGGGUGCCAUCGGAGAGCCGGGGUCAAAAGGUGAGAUCGGGCCUCCAGGAGCUGAAGGGGAGCAGGGACAGGAGGGAACAAGUGGUGUUCCUGGUCCCCCUGGGGAAGAUGGCCCUCAAGGAAAAGAUGGAGCCAAGGGUGAGACUGGUGAGCGUGGGCCAAUCGGAGAGCCCGGGGACAAAGGAUUAGAGGGAGAGCCUGGACCCCUAGGACUACCUGGAGGGCCUGGCAAACAGGGCUUUCGCGGGCCAGAAGGAAAACUAGGGCCACUCGGGAACAGAGGACGGCACGGGAAGAAGGGAGAGAGAGGUCCUCCGGGGCUCGUCGGGGAGAUCGGCACCCGGGGAGACGUCGGCCAGCCGGGCGAGCUCGGGCUGAAAGGAGCCCGGGGGACGCGAGGCACACCCGGUCGGCCUGGAGUCAUGGGGACAGAAGGGCAGCCGGGGCUGGCAGGAUACACAGGUCACUCUGGCAAGCCCGGGCCCAUCGGACCAUCAGGGCCUAAGGGCGAAAAGGGUUAUCCAGGCGAGGACAAUAAGACCCCAGGACUCCCAGGGCCCUUAGGUGAACCAGGGCCCCCAGGAGAACGAGGAGAGCGCGGAGAGCCAGGCGAUGAAGGAUAUCAGGGCCAUGUUGGUACCAUUGGAUCUCGUGGAGCUGUUGGACCACAAGGCCAACCGGGGUCGACCGGCCUCUCUGGAGCUUCAGGCCCAAAAGGAGACAUUGGAGCUCGAGGCUCAGGAGGACAUAAGGGAGCCAGAGGGCUGAGUGGAGCUCCUGGCAUUGAAGGGCCAUUUGGUAUCCCUGGACUCGUGGGGCUGAGGGGUUACCCAGGAACGGACGGUCCCCCGGGAUUUACCGGCUUACCGGGAAUGCCAGGAAAACGCGGACGACAGGGUCAGAGAAGCUCGGUGGGACUGGAGGGAUCUGCUGGACGUCCGGGUCCCAGGGGAGAGAUUGGACUUCCUGGACCACCCGGGGAAAGAGGGCCACUUGGUCAGAAGGGAGACCUGGGUCUGUCGGGGAACUGGGGGGCCUCGGGGAUCAAAGGCCUGGUGGGAGUUACAGGUGACCAGGGCAGGCCAGGGGACCUGGGACCCAAAGGACAACCAGGGGAAGCUGGAGAUCGGGGGAUGGUCGGUUUCCAGGGCUUUCCAGGGGAAAUGGGGCAGAAUGGUGAUUGGGGAUUGAGAGGCUUCCCUGGCCCGAAAGGCCCAAUCGGCACGCUGGGGUUCACUGGACCUGUAGGCCCUGAAGGAAAGAUGGGCCCCGUGGGAAUACCUGGUCCUCGGGGUCUGAAGGGGGGCGGCGGUGAAAUGGGGCCUCAAGGACCACAGGGAAUACCAGGACCGAGUGGACCUCCUGGUGCUCCAGGACCAACAAGGCAGAUUUAUGUUGACUCGGCAGUCUAUGGCCUAUCUGACUCCAACACUGCCAUCAGGACGGAGAGUUUCCAGAACACAGAGGUGAACCCGCCGGACCAGAACACGGAGAUACUGAAGACUCUGCGUUACCUAAGCGGCGUCAUCGAGAGCAUCAAAACGCCUCUGGGCACGAGGGAGAAGCCGGCUCGCGUCUGCAAAGAUCUGCUGGACUGUCACCACAGGCUCAGAGAUGGUUGGUUCUGGAUCGAUCCGAACUUGGGCUGUACUUCUGAUGCCUUCAAGGUCUUCUGCAACUUUACCGCAGGAGGGAGCACCUGUUUACACCCAGUGGCCUCUAAUAAGAUGGUGUUUGACGUCGGGAAAGUCCAAAUGAAGUUUCUCCAUCUCCUGAGUACCGAGGCCAGUCACAGCGUCACGCUCCACUGCCUAAAUGAUCCUCCGCACGGCGCCGUCGGAUCCGCGCCGCGACAGAACGCCGCGCUCCGGUUUCGCGGCUGGAACAAACAGAUGUUCGAGAAAGACACGGUACUUGAACCGCACACGCUGCAAGACGAGUGCGAGAUCCAAGAUGGCCGCUGGCACCAGUCACGUUUCUUCUUCCAUACUCAGGACAGUCGUCAGCUCCCGAUUGUAGACAUCCAGGAGUUUCCCACGUCCCGGUCCAAUAGUAGUGAGCGGUAUAUAGAAAUCAGUCCGGUCUGCUUCCUCUGACACCGACGUCACCGUCCCGUUGACCUGGUUUUUUUUUAUACAUGAACUGCUAAAAUACAAGGUUGUUACAAAAAAAACCCAAAUGUCUUCCUACCAAAGAGAGUGAGAGAUCGUCACGUCGGAGCGACAUCUUCCCCCGUGUCCAAUCGAAGGCAGACUCGCAUGGAAGAACUCGAUAUCGGUGGGAAAUCCUUGGCCAAGAAGGCCCAGAGGAUGAGAGCGUAGGCCUAUACCAAUAUUUGUCCAAAAAAUUGUAUAAAGUUUGUUUUGUCGAUAAUUGUUAGCUCAAAAAACGGUGAUUGCAUAUGAGCCCACAUCACUUCCCGAUCACAGGGUAGGGUGACCCCCCCCCCCCCCCCCACCAUCAAAAAACUCACGCCUUGCUUCUCACUCCCACACAAACACACCCAGACCAUCCUAAGCAGAGGCCUAACUCGAAGGAGCGUGCCAGGCCUCUACGUAGGAGCACUGCCUAACUAAACUUUUCAGAGUGCAAUAGCAUGCGGAUAAAGUGUGACUGCUUUAGAUAUUUCCAAUUUUUUUUUCCGAUCAAAAGUCUUUUAUUUUACAUUGUUUUCAAGAUAUCUCGGUCUUCGGUCCUGUACAUCUUGACAGAUGGUGCUCUACCUCUACCUGCUCAUUUGCUUUCUAGAAUAUUGUCAAGUUCGUCUUUUUUUUGGGUUGCCUUUUUGUUGUAUGUACCGGUUACAUCAAGAGUUGUUGUGUUGUCGAAGUACUUAUGUUGAUUUGGUCAUUUUUAAUUUAUGAACCAUUUUUUUUUUAUACACUUCAUUACUUUUUGUAGUUUUUCCGUCGUUGUGGUAGGUUCUUCAGGGGAAACCUAUCAUUGGUGCUGCAACAUAGAAUGAGUCAUCAGUGAGUUGUUACAUUUCCUGUGUAUAUAUUGACAGCAUACUGUAUAUGUUUAUUUAUAUCCUUUUUUUUUUGGUUCACAAAGUUAUACUUUCAGAGAACUAUUUGGUCAACCACAGCUCGGUCUAAAGAAGUAUUUAUGUUAAAAGGUGUGUUUGUGUGUUUACACCUGUGACUGUAUGUUUAUCAUACUGUUAUUUGAGUUAAUUCAGUUGGUGGUUAUAGGUAAACUGGCAGCUACACGAGGCCAGAGUCGGAAUACACAGAAAACACAGUCAUAUGCUUAAGUUAUGUUACCUUGAACAAAGUGUAAUUAUAUAAGUCUGUGCAGGAUAAAUGUGGAUUAAAAUGUGUAAAUAAUAAUAAUACGAUGACAAACAAAUAAAUGGAGCAUUUGAUCCACAAA